CGAGCGAGUGAUCGACUGAUGCGUACUCAAGUGGUGGCUUUUUAGUCUCUAAUAAAUACUCGCCGCAAGUGUUGGGGCAGUCAGUGCUAUUUGUUAUUGUGCAAAGUACUUGGAUUGAUUAAAUCAUUUUUUUCUAUCGAAAUGCAGUUCGUUGCAACUGAGCAUCCACAUCGGCGCUUGAACCCUUUGACUGGCCAGUGGGUAUUGGUGAGCCCACAUCGUAUGCGUCGACCAUGGACCGGACAGCAGGAAGCGCCACAAAAGAGCAAUAUACCUGAUUUCGAUCCCACUAAUCCGCUAAGUCCAGGUGUAGCACGACCAAAUGGAACGGUGAAUCCGAAAUAUACAGGCACAUUUGUUUUUACAAAUGACUUUCCAGCUCUAAUGGAAAACAACCCAGUCCCGCCACCUUCGGAUGAUCCUCUUUUUCAGGUGACCGAAGCACGAGGUACAUGCAGAGUGAUGUGUUUCCAUCCUAAAUCCAAUGUAACACUGCCACAAAUGACCGUUGCGGAAAUACGAGCCGUCAUAGAUGAAUGGAUUAAACAGUUUGAUGAGUUGAGUAAAAAAUACCUUUGGGUACAGGUAUUCGAAAACAAGGGCGCCGCCAUGGGCUGUUCAAAUCCACACCCACACUGUCAAAUAUGGUGCUGUUCAUUUUUGCCAUCGGAACCGCAAACAAAAGACGAACGUUUACGCAGUUAUUUCAGCAAGAAUGGUAGACCAUUAUUAGAUGACUAUGCGAAACGUGAGGUGGAGCGUAAGGAGCGUGUUGUUGUUGAGAAUCGCGAUUGGUUAGUUGUGGUACCAUUUUGGGCAGCAUGGCCUUUUGAGACAUUACUUAUCUCUCGGAAUGAUAAUAAACGUAUUAGCGAUGUGACACCGGCACAAAGGGAUAAUUUGGCAAAAGUAAUCAAGGAGCUAACUAUAAAAUAUGACAACUUAUUUCAAUGUUCGUUUCCAUAUUCGAUGGGCUUUCAUGGUGCACCGACUGGAGAGGCCAGUGGCGCAGACUUAACACAUUGGACGCUUCACGCGCUAUACUACCCACCAUUGUUGCGCUCCGCAACGGUUCGUAAAUUCAUGGUCGGAUUUGAAUUGCUCAACGAAGCGCAGCGCGAUUUGACACCUGAGCAAGCAGCACAACGCUUACGAGAAAUUAGUGGUGAACGACAUUAUACGGAGAACUAAUGCAAAAUCCAUUAAUUAUUUGAGCGAUACAUACUGAAUGGUUUAAAUAUAUCGCAUAUCUAGGAUUAUAGCUGUAAGCAAUUGACUUUUAUCAAAGCGAUCUCUCGUAGCAAAUUAUUUCUUAAAAAUAUAUACAGGGUAUGUAAAUCAAAAGCAAUAAAAUCAUUGGUUUUUAAUUUG